UUCAAACGGCGAGCGGCGCGGGCGCCCUGGCCCGGCUGGAGCUCCGUCUCGGCUCCACAGCAGCGGGUGGUGAGGGAACUUCUUCAGGAUGGAGAGCUACAUUUCUUGCCUUUGUUGGAUUCUUGAGACCAUCUGAGAUAGUCUGACCCUCAUCCACGUUACUUUUUUGUCAAGGCAGAUCCUUUCUUUGGGAGAAGUUUUCUCCCCAUAGUACACGUUGAACCUUGAACAAUUAAGCAGCACACCAGAAACAUGGAGGAGGAGGACCACAGUGAAAGAGCAUUGCCACAGAUUGCCUCUAUCAUGAACAGAGUUAGAGACUUGAAAAACAAAUACAGAAAUGAGGACAAUAUUACAGAUGAGUUUAACUGUACUAAAAUCUCAGCUGAUACAACAGAUAACUCUGGAACUGUUAAUCAAAUAAUGAUGACGGCAAAUAAUCCAGAAGACUGGCUGUGUUUUUUGCUCAGGCUAGAGAAAAAGGGUGUUCCUCAGAUGGAUGCUAACCUACUGAACAGACUCAUUGGUCGCUACAGUCAAGCGGUGACCGCGUUACCUGCAGAAAAGCACAGUCAGGAUGAGAGCUACGCUCGCAUCCUUGUGAGAUUUGCUGAGUUGAAAGCUCUGCAGGAUCCAGAGGAGGCCCGGGACCAGUUUCAUCUGGCCAGACUGAACUGCAAGAAGUUUGCUUUUGUGCACGUGGCUUUUGCACAGUUUGAGCUGGCACAAGGUGUGUAG